AUGUUUCCCGCAUUGAAAGCCGACGCACACGUGGCUCCUGUGCUCCAGCUGUGCCUUGCUUCCCUGGUGACGCACGCCGAUUUUCUUCGCCAAAGUCUGCUACCGAAGCAUGCUUUGCUUUCUUCCUACAUCUUUCGCGAUUCCAAUGUCAUGGCACGACUCUCCAGCAUGCUGAUUACCGGUUGCAGUACGUGGAUGCGCCCUACUGGUAUACCCCCACGCGUCGAGCUUUUUGAGCAGCACAUGAAGACGCGACAGGCGCUGAACCAUCUCCCGGAUCUACUGCUGGACGGAUUUGCUAAGCUACUGGACGAGAAAUGCGUGAGUCAGCAAAGUGUAAAGCGAGAAAACCUCAGCUCGACGAUCCGUGUACUGCUAGAGGAGGCUGGACUAUGGCAGGCGCAGCAGCGCAUUCAGCAAGAGGCAGCCCAAUCAAGUUCAACCAGCAUCGUUUAUCACUGGCAAUCAGAUGGGCGCUUUCAUCGGAUGCCGCAGGAUUUUGCUUUUCCACAGCUAGAUGCGCUAAGUGUGUGGCGUAUUUGGUGGCUUGGCCACCCUGCUGCCGGAUACCCGCCUUUUCGGGCGCUGCAGCCAUCUGACUUCACGAAGACCAACCGCAAGAUGUUUUCGGAAUGGACGGUGCUGGUCCGACAUAUCGUCGCUGGUGUGGAGGCAAGUACAGGGGCGAGAAUGCAGCGACCAACUUCACAGCGUGUAGCCGACGAUCUCUACCAACUCGGCAUAGCUCAUGUGCCGAUGAAGCCGCCUACACAUGCGGCGAAGCAACGGCCCGAGCGAGCAGUAACCACACUACGACGAAUCCGGUAG